AGGGGCCCCAAGUUGGAAGAGCUGGCCCUGGGGAUUGGGCCGCAUUUACCCUUUCGUCUCAUUCCCUGGGCUCACUAUCCCCUCAAGUCCUUACCCCCAUCCCUCUUCCUCAAACUAAGCCAGAACUCCUCUCAGGAAUUUCCAGCCUCCAGACAAACCCCGCGACUCUGGAGAACCUGCAUGAGGCGUCCCCUCCCUGCCCCCUUCCAGCUGUGCCUGCCCCUCACGCCCUACUGGCACACGCAUUCCCCGUCCACCGGGCUAGGGAUGUGGGCGGGGGCUGGGGAGGAGCCAGAGUCGGAAUGAAAGGGUCUUUUUUUUCCACAGCUGGGAGAACAGCUGCCACCAAAGUAAGACUGGACACUCUGUGCCCAGAGCCCCCUCUGCAGCUGGCAUCCCCUCCUGGGACCCCACUUAUACUCACCCGCUUUCUUUUCCUUUCAUGCCUGGCUCCUGCCAGGGCCCUGGAACAGUGUAGGCAAGGAAAGUUAGUCGCAGCAGUGAGGUCUAACAGGAGUGCGCAGAGAGACAGGGGGAGCCUCUGCCCUCUGCCCAAGUCUGCCCACAUCUUUCAAGACCAGGGGAGCAGCAGGAGGAGAAAUUGUGGGGCAGUGUGGUGCCUGCCUGGCACCUGCCCUCUGAAGGGGUUGACAAGUAAAGGGGUACUGGGGGCACAGAGAUGCAAGACAGAUUGCACAUCCUGGAGGACCUGAAUAUGCUCUACAUUCGGCAGAUGGCACUCAGCUUGGAGGACACAGAGUUGCAGAGAAAGCUGGACCAUGAGAUCCGAAUGAGGGAAGGGGCCUGCAAGUUGCUGGCAGCCUGCUCCCAGCGAGAGCAGGCUCUGGAAGCCACCAAGAGCCUGCUGGUGUGCAACAGCCGCAUCCUCAGCUACAUGGGCGAGCUGCAACGGCGUAAGGAGGCGCAGGUGCUGGAGAAGACAGGCCGGCGGCCUUCUGACAGCAGGUCGCCCACUGAGCGCUCCCCCUGCCGUGGCCGGGUCUGCAUCUCUGACCUCCGGAUUCCACUCAUGUGGAAAGACACAGAGUAUUUCAAGAACAAAGGUGACCUGCACCGCUGGGCUGUGUUCCUGCUGCUGCAGCUAGGGGAGCACAUUGAGGACACAGAGAUGAUCCUCGUGGACAGGACCCUCACGGACAUCUCCUUUCAGAACAAUGUGCUUUUCACUGAGGCAGGGCCAGACUUUGAACUGCGACUGGAGCUGUAUGGGGCCUGUGUGGAAGAAGAGGGGGCCUUGUCUGGAGCCCCCAAGAGGCUUGCCACCAAACUCAGCAGCUCCCUGGGCCGCUCCUCAGGGAGGCGUGUCCGGGCAUCGCUGGAGAGUGCUGGGAGUUCAGGGAGCAGUCCCAUCCUGCUCCCCACUCCAGCUGUAGGUGGUCCUCGUUACCACCUCUUGGCUCAUGCAACUCUCACCCUGGCAGCAGUGCAAGAUGGGUUCCGCACUCACGACCUCACCCUUGCCAGCCAUGAGGAGAAUCCUGCUUGGCUGCCCCUCUAUGGUAGUGUGUGUUGCCGCCUGGUGGCUCAGCCUCUCUGUAUGACUCAGCCUACUGCAAGUGGUACCCUCAGGGUGCAGCAAGCUGGGGAGCUGCAGGACUGGGUGCGAGUGCAUGGAGUCCUGAAAGGCACGCACCUCUUCUGUUACCGGCAAUCUGAAGACGCAGACACUGGGGAGGAGCCGCUGUUUACUAUUGCUGUUAACAAGGAGACUCGAGUCCGGGCAGGGGAGCUGGACCAGGCCACAGGCCGGCCCUUUACCCUGAACAUCAGUAACCAGUAUGGAGAGGACGAGGUGACCCACAGCCUUCAGACAGAGAGUCGGGCAGCCCUGCAGAGCUGGAUGGAGGCUCUGUGGCAGCUUUUCUUUGACAUGAGCCAGUGGAAGCACUGCUGUGAUGAAAUCAUGAAAAUUGAAACCCCCACUCCCCGGAAACCACCUCAAAUACUGGCCAAGCAGGGAUCCUUGUACCAUGAGAUGGCUAUUGAGCCGCUGGAUGACAUCGCAGCGGUGACAGACAUCCUGGCCCAGCGGGAAGGCACGAGGCUGGAGACACCCCCACCCUGGCUAGCAAUGUUUACAGACCAGCCUGCCCUGCCUAGCCCCUGCUCAACUGCCUCAGUGGCCCCAGCCCCAGCCCGGACCCACCCCCUGUCCUGGGGGCGACCCCGAACAUUCUCCCUGGAUGCUGCCCCUCCAGACCACUCCCCUGGGGCUUCCUGCUCGGUUGCUCCUCUCCAGCUGCAGCAGUCCCCGCAGUCCAGAGGCCUCUGCAGCAAAGGCCUGGUCCGCACUUGGCUCCAGUCACCAGUGUGAGAGACAGAGGUGCUGGCACCAGGAUCUGGCCAGAUGAGAAGAUGACCUGCAUGCAACUGGGUGCUGUGUAUGGCACUGUCUUGUAGCAGGUUGACCAGCUUGGCCUCCCCUUCAUCUGCUGAACUAGGGGUAGGUUGGGGAGGGGGAGCAGAAGCCCCACUUGAGCUGUGGUUGCUAUGGUGCUGAGGGACUUAUUCCUGGAACUGGCUGGGACCCCCUACACCCUUCCUGGGAUAAAACUGGAACCAAUCCUACCCUCCCUCCCUGCACUAACCAGCUUUGAGGAUGGCACUGAAGAGCCCUGGGAGGUGAUGCACCUCCCUUGUGACUCCCACAUCAACCAUUAAAGUUAUUUAACAGCA